ACAAAGAACAUAGAGACUUCCGUCAAAAAGACAAACUAGAACCACCUCCAACCUCUGGGACCUUCCUUUCCCUUUGUGCACUAACGCUAAUACCGAGGCCAUUUUCGUUUUGCCUCUUUUCCAAUUCAUCCUCUCUCUCUCUCUCUCUCUCCUAUUUUUUUAAUCUCACCUUCGUUUUGUCCGGGGUAAUGGAUUCUUUGCCUCCUCAUGCGGGGCUUCGGUAGAGAGCGAGAGCGAGACAGAGGGGUGGAAUUUCAGAAGUGGAAAUCCCCAUGGCUGUGUCGACUUCUGGGCUUCGACCCGAAUCCAUUUUUGAUUCCCAGGUCCUCAUGGAUUGAAAACAAAAAAGGGCCAUGGGGAAUUACAGUGAAGAGGACGACGAUACGUACUUUGAUGCCCUUGAGGAGACAUCCUCUGUUUCGGAUCGGAGUUUAAACUGCUCUGAUUGUUGUAGUUCAGGUUCCAGGUUUGAUGAGAACGUUUUGGAUAGUUUAGGGUUCGAGUUUUGGACUCAAUUUCCCGAGAGCGUGGGGGCGCGCCGCAAUCGGUUCUUGAUGCUGACAGGGUUGAGAAUAGAGGAGAAUUCAGUUGAUAAGGAGGAUAUAUUUCUGCCAUCUCGUAAUGAAAUUGAGGUGGAUACAUGUAGAGUAACAGAAGAUGGUGGGGCAGUUCAGAGAUCUUUGGAUUCAUAUUCCCGGAUUUCACUGAUUCAGUCAUCUGCAUCCACUUGGUCUAAUCAAGUAGUUGAACCAUCGGGCGGUGGCUCGCUGGUCAGCAGUUUCGGGGGUAGAAGUAAGGAUUCUGAUGAUUCAAUGGAAUUUGAGACAGGUGGAUUGGUCCAGAGUCGAAGAAACAUGCGAUUAAGCAAAGCUGGUUCAGUUAAGUCGGGAAGCAUUGAAGAAUUGAGGAGAAUAGUCGCAUCUUCUCCUUUGGUUCACCCGGUGUUGCAUAGGAAAUUAGAGUAUGAAAGGGAAUUAGUUGAAACUAAACAAAAAAUGAGGGCUGGCUGGUUGAGGAAAUUUGGCACUGCCCAUGCAUUGGUGGCAAGACACAGAGACGCAUGGCCAAGCCCUGAUGAUCUUGAAAUAACGACAGGGGUGAAAAUGCGGAGAAUUCGUGCACAUUCGUCUAGAAAGAAGUACAAGGAAUUGUCAUCCCUUUAUGCUGCACAGGAAUUUCUGGCACAUGAGGGGUCAAUUUCGACAAUGAAGUUCAGUAUGGAUGGGCAAUACUUGGCAAGUGCUGGUGAAGACACAGUAGUGCGAGUUUGGAAGGUGACUGAGGAGAAUAGAUCACAGAGGGUCGAUAUUGCAAAUGUGGAUUCUUCCAGUUUAUAUUUUGCUCUAAAUGAAUCCACGCAGUUGGCGUCGCUCAAUACGAAUAAAGACCACAUUGGUAAAGCAAAGUCAUUUGGGAGAUCGUCAGACUCAUCUUGUGUCAUUUUACCCUUAAAGGUCUUCCGGAUUACAGAGAAGCCUUGGCAUGAGUUCAAGGGACAUAAUGGGGAGGUCUUAGACCUCUCCUGGUCUAGUGAAGGGUAUUUGCUGUCAUCCUCUACUGAUAAGACCGUCCGUUUGUGGAGGGUGGGAUGUGAUGGAUGCCUGAGAGUAUAUUCUCACAAUGAUUAUGUUACUUGUAUAAGUUUCAACCCUGUUAAUGGCAAUUUCUUCAUUAGCGGGUCUAUAGAUGGAAAAGUACGCAUCUGGGAUGUGUUUGGUGGUCAGGUUGUUGAUUACAUUGAUAGUAGGGAAAUUGUCUCUGCAGUGUGUUAUCAAUCUGAUGGAAAGGGAGCCAUUGUGGGUACCAUGACGGGCAAUUGCCGCUUUUAUAGUAUUGAAGGUAAUCAUUUGCAAAUGGAUGCACAAGUAUGCUUACAUGGUAAGAAGAAGUCUCCUGGCAAGCGAAUAACUGGUUUUCAGUUUCCUCCCAAUGAUCCCGACAAAGUGAUGAUCACAUCUGCUGAUUCUGUAAUUCGAGUAUUAAGUGGUGUGGAUGUAAUCUGCAAACUCAAGGGCCUUCGAAGUUCGGGGGGACCAAUUAUUGCGACUUUCACAUCAGAUGGGAAACACGUAAUCUCAGCAAGUGAAGAUUCAAAUGUCUACAUCUGGAACUAUGCCAGUCAGGACAAGACUUCAUCCCGGGUGAAGAACAUAAGGUCUUGCGAGAGUUUCUGGUCCAGCAAUGCCUCUGUUGCUUUACCCUGGUGCGGCAUGAGAACUGUGCCUGAAGCACUUGCACCACCUUCACAAAGUGAAGAGGGCAGAGCGAGUUGUGCGGAAAACGGAGAGUAUCAUCAUAGGCUGGAGGAAUAUUUCCAGAAAAUGCCUCCAUAUUCCCCAGACUGUUUCUCUCUCAGCCGCGGAUUCUUCCUGGAGCUCUUGCCAAAGGGAUCUGCAACUUGGCCGGAGGAGAAAUUAUCUGAUUCUAGCCCAACUAUGGUCUCUUCUCAAGCAAUUUCCAAACUGGAAUACAAGUUUCUGAAGAGCGCGUGCCACAGCGUAUUGAGUUCUUCUCACAUGUGGGGCCUGGUGAUCGUGACUGCAGGCUGGGACGGACGGAUCAGGACAUAUCACAACUACGGAUUACCUGUACGUUCUUGAAAUCCCGAUUAACCUCAAAUUAUGAAGGCAAUGAGUUUGGUCGUUGCACUUUUCUUAGUUUUACCCUACGAAGGACACAUGAUGCUUAAGUCCAAGGGGUUUGCCUCAAGUGUAUAAGUAUGCCCCUAAUAGAUUAUGCCAGAGUGUAAGUAUGUAUAGGGCAUUUGUCACACCAUUCCAAGUGGCAAUGUGGCUUUUGUAUCUUCAACUGAAAUCCACCCAUGACUUGCCGACCGCCGACCGGCAUGGGGAAUUUUGCCCAUGUUCUGGAGAUGUGUAUAAGGGUUUAAUCAAUAUGAUUCUUUAAUUUUUUUUU